UGGCGUUUAUGAAUCAGUCGCUGUGAGUUGGCCGUAUGUGGAGAAAUACUCGGACAGGAACGGAGAGGUAGCUUACGAUGGGUUUGCCGUCGAACUCAUCGAUAAGAUAUCGAAAAGCGCUGGAUUUGAUUACGAGUUAUAUGAGGCACCGGAUGGCAAGUAUGGGGUUUACGAUCCCCAGACGGGUCGCAUCAAUGGCCUCAUUGGCGAAGUCCACAGUCAUGUAU